UUUGUUAUGAACCAGCAAUUAUGUUGUCAAAAUUAGCUUGUAUCAAUUGUAAGAACAUUUUUUUUAUGGUUGAAAUUUUUUGUCUUUUCUGGGUUGUCUGCUUGUCCAAUUGCGAGAACAAUGAUGGUGAAAUUGCAUGUUUCUGAAACACCAAAUUAAGCUUCAGACACGAAGCUAUUUGUCAGACAAGCUAGGUGACAAGAAAUCCUUUGAAUUAGUCCCUAGGAAAUUGACACAUGUCCUAUGGUUACGUUGUUUCCUCACUCUCCCAAAUGUUUGGCACAUAAACCGUUCCUCUUACUUUUACAACAAUUAUCAACCAUCCAAAUUCCGACAUUAUUUUCAAUAGAAAUUCUCAAACAAAUCUGCAAAUUUGUUUACCAUUAGUCAGUGUUUUGUUUUCUCCUCAAGAAAAUCAGUUGCCAUAUCGAUUAAACAUGAUGGAACAUUUCAAUUUCUGUAAAACGUAUCUCCACCACCCUCUACUCCAACUAUUAUAUGCAGUGUUGUUGAUUUUGUCAAGCAUCCCAGUGUCCUUGUCUGAGAUCAAGAACAUUUGGAUUUUCGAUGAUUACCGAUCUAUGAUCUUAUUUGAAAAUUUCGGAUUUCGCAAAAAUGGCCAUAUAGAAAUUUCGGUAAGAAAUGUUACAUGGGCAUCGAGACAUCAAAACACACAAUUCAACCCGUCUUCCAUGGGAUUUUUCAUUGCAAACGUCCCUUCAUUUCGUAGCAUUUGGAAUGAAUCACAGUAUAUUGAAGGCUUUUGUGGAUUAUCAAGCAGGUAUGCGAAGCUCAUAUUCAAGUUCGAAAACCUCACUGCUGAUUCAACUUACAACGGUUCUAUAGAAAUCGAUGAGCCUGAUGAAUAUAAUUUGGUCUUCGGAAACUGUCAACCAGAAUUCAAAGUGUCAAUGCGUGUUCAUACAGAAAUGUAUAACCUGAAAGAAGGUGAAAAGGAUUUCCUGCCUGCAGGCCAAACCACAUUGCCAAAACUCUAUUUUCUCUUCUUUUUGAUAUAUGCAGGAUUUUUCUUUAUUUGGGUUUUUGCAUGUAUCAAUCAAAGACCUAAAGUUGAGAAGAUUCAUUUGAUAAUGGGUGCAUUACUUCUAUUCAAGUGUCUAAAAAUGAUUUGUGUUUCUGAGGACAAAAUGUAUGUCAGGAAAACAGGUACUCCCCAUGGAUGGGAUGUGGCGUUUUACGUUUUCGGAUUCUUCAAAGGUAUAAUGUUGUUCACUGUGAUAAUCCUGAUAGGAACAGGCUGGUCAUUCCUGAAACCUUACCUUCAAGAACGCGAAAAACAGGUUUUGAUGACAGUAAUUCCAUUACAGGUUCUUGAAAACAUAGCUUAUGUGGUUAUCAGUGAAACCGGGCCUGCAACAAAAGAUUGGAUGACAUGGAACCAACUGUUCUUGCUGAUUGAUAUCUCUUGUUGUUGUGUAGUGUUUUUCCCAAUCAUUUGGUCAAUAAGAAGCCUGAGGGAAGCAUCCAAGACAGAUGGAAAGGCAGCUAAGAACCUGGAAAAAUUGACACUUUUCAAGCAGUUUUACAUUGUUGUGAUAGGGUAUUUGUACUUCACAAGAAUUGUGGUUUCAGCAGUUGGGGCUUUCCUGAAUUACAGAUUGGAAUGGUUGAUAACUGUUUUGGAAGAGGGUGCAAGCUUGCCAAUGGAAAAGAAUCCAUAUUUAUUGAUUAAUGAUGAGGAAGAGAAUGCAGCAGCUCAAAUGUUGGAAGAAGAUGACCCAUUUGAACUAUAG